AUGGCUAUCGAGUUGGGACUUUCCCGUAUUACCAGGCUAUUAGAGCAUUUGGGCAAUCCUCAAAAGUCACUGAGAGUGUUGCACGUAGCAGGAACGAACGGCAAAGGGUCGGUUUGUAGUUAUCUAUCCUCUAUAUUGCAACAGAAACCGUACCAAAUUGGAAAAUUUACCACCCCGCACUUGGUCCAUGUUACGGAUUCCAUUACGAUCAAUAACAAGCCGAUCCCGCUGGAUCAAUAUCGAGAUAUUAGGCUGCAACUAGAAGCUUUAAACAAUACACACUCUUUGAAAUGCACGGAAUUCGAAUUGCUAACGUGUACCGCAUUCAAAUAUUUUUAUGAUGUCAAAUGUCAAUGGUGUGUUAUAGAAGUAGGCCUUGGCGGUAGACUGGAUGCGACCAAUGCUAUUCCUGGUUCAAAUAAAGCAUGCUGUGGUAUCACAAAAAUCGGUUUAGACCAUGAGAGCUUUUUAGGAAAUACGUUGGCUGAAAUUUCCAAAGAAAAGGCUGGUAUAAUUACAGAGGGAGUGCCCUUUACUGUAGUUGAUGGAACCAAUGAUAAAAGUGUCAUAAGUGUCGUGGAAGACAAGUGUAAAGUUUUGGGGUCGAGACUUUACGUUACCGAUCCCAAACUUAAUGGAAAUAUCAUUGACACGAAGGCAUGGGGUGUCUUCAACUUAUCUGAGCUGCCCCUAAACGGAGAAUACCAGAUCUUCAACCUUAGAGUGGCUAUAGGUAUGUUGGAUUACUUGCAGAUAAACGGGCUUAUUGAUAUUAGUAAAGACGAAGUGGCUGCGAGACUAACGGAAGUGGACUGGCCAGGUAGGUUACAUCGUAUGGAUUACUGUUAUGACCCAUUGAGUAAGAAGACAUUGCCCAUACUAAUGGAUGGCGCUCAUAACGGCUCGGCAGCAAUAGAAUUGGCCAAAUACCUAAGAAAAGAAUACGGAGACCAAGCUCUGACCUUUGUCAUGGCUGUAACCGCCGGCAAAAACUUAGAGCCACUGUGCCAGCCUUUGUUGCGACCAAUAGAUCGACUUAUCCUUACACAGUUUAAUAACGUGGAAGGCAUGCCCUGGAUUCAUGCCACCGAACCUGACGAGAUUAAAGAUUUUAUCUUGACUAAAGGAUAUACAGAGAACGUGACAAUUGAAGGUAAUUUGCAUCAGGUACUACCUUCUCUGGCUCUUACAACAGAGGAUCAAAGACGACCAAUUGUUGUAUGCGGGUCAUUGUAUUUAUGUGGAGAAUUGUUACGUAUCCAUAAAAAUCAUUCGAAAGAGUAA